CCUAUAUAAUUUCUACUUCACCCCUUAUCGGUAAUAUAAUCUUGUUAUAAUAAUUUUUCUUUCGCUCUUACAAAUUUUAGUGAAUUUGCAAAAAUGGCCGCUCCCUCGGCUGCACUGUUUCGCUUCAUGGUCGUCCUGCUGGGCGUCACAUUAUUAAUUGAGCACAGUGCCGAAGCAGUGGCAUUCGAAUUCACCAAUUCUGCGCAAGGAACUUCAGGUGGUGAUCGAUUUGAUAAAGAGAUCGGCAAGGGGGGAGCACUGGAAAUAAUGAACUCCUCCACUAAUUUUAUCUGGAAAACCUUCCACCAGCAAUCACCUGCAAGUAGGAAGAAGGUGAAUACAGUUUCUCUGAUUGUGGAAAGCAUGAACGGAAUAGCGUAUACGAAUCGAGAUGAAAUCCACUUUAGCGCAGAAUAUGUUGCAGACUACACGAAAGACGUGAAGGCAGAAAUAAGAGGAGUUAUGUACCAUGAGAUGACACACGUGUGGCAGUGGGACGGGCAUGGAAAUGCACCAGGUGGGCUCAUCGAAGGAUUUGCAGAUUAUGUUCGGCUCACUGCUGGGUUGGCACCUUCUCACUGGGUUAAGCCCGGAAGUGGAGAUAGAUGGGACCAUGGCUAUGAGGUUACGGCAUAUUUCUUGCAGUACUGUGAGAGCAUUAGGCCUGGCUUUGUUGCCAAGAUGAACGCUAAGUUGGCGUCUGGAUGGGACCUUGGAUACUUUAAUGCUCUCACAGGGAAAUCUGUUGAUCAGCUCUGGAAGGACUACAAGGCUAAGUAUUCAUCUGGCACUUAACUGCUGGUUUUCUUACAGAUCUCACUUAGAAAAAGUAAAUAAAAACUCCUGUAACUUGUAUGGCUGAUUAUCAUACAAGAUCCAUUUGUAUAACACUACUCCUAUUACAAGUGUAAUAUGCUAAGACUUUACUGGAGUUGCUGGCAGAUGUCCAGCAACUUUUUUGUAUUCUCUGUGUGAUAGCUGAAAUGGGUUCAUCAUUUUGAAAAAAAAUGGUUUUAGCCUUGUUCAGGGUAAUUUUUAUGUUCGAGUACUUGUGAGCUGUCAAUCAUUGCCAAAAUACUAAAUUGGGUUA